UGUAGUUCACUUGACUCGGCACAAAUCAAAAUAUUGUAAAAAAAACACGUUUUUUUGGUUGAAUAAAUCUGGGAUGAAACGCCUUCUAUCAUGUUUAAAAUUACUAAGAUUCCCUGGAAAUCCAAGUAUCUAUAAAGAAAAACGAUUCAAGAGAUUCUCCAGUAACUGUUUUAAUUGCUUAGGACCUUUUCCAUGCUAUCCUUCUCCCAGAUACAAGAUUCAAGCCCAAAGUCAAUCUUUUCAAACAGACUGCACCCAUUACCAGUACCAGAGUCAACUAGUUGAAUCUAAUUGGCUGGACCUAUUGAUGAGAAUGGCAGACAAAUCUGAUGACAUAGAUAUCCCUGGAGCCUCAAAAGACCAAGUAGCACAGAUCAGAACCAUGUUGAGUAGAGCCGUGAGGGUCAAGAGGUCCCAAGAGGGAGGAGACCUUAUGCCUAAUGCAAUAGCAAAGGAAGUCAGACAUUUCUACAAUGAACUUUCAACAAGGAUCGAGAAGAUGGCGUUCUUUCUUAUAAUGGAACGAGAUCUCGGGGUCAACCACCAGGAGAUACGGGAAGUAGCAGAAAACUUGAUCAAAGUCAAGGAUCUUGGCGUCCCUACUGUCCUCCGGGCAGAAGAUCGGCUUAGACAGGUCUUAGAGCCACACUAUAUCCAGCUGUUGUCACACAUCAGUAGGUUGGAGGGCGGAGUCAAGUUUAUUGUUGAUAUGAGGAACGAUUUAUCGGAAAUUCUCAGCGACCAGUCAAACGUGUUUAGUCGUCAGGAGCUACAAGCGCUAAGCAUGUCUAUCAAGAAUGUUUUGGCGCAGUGGUUUGCCGUGGGUCUCUUGGAUCUUGAGAGAAUUAAUUGGAACUCGUCGUGUAGUGUUUUAGAAAAGAUUAUCAAGUAUGAGGCUGUACACACAAUCCAGGGUUGGGAGGACCUCAAGAGACGUCUUGCUCCUGACCGUCGAGUCUAUAUCUAUACCCAUCGAUCAAUGCCACGAGAGCCGAUUGUAGUGCUACAUACCGCGCUAGAGUACGAGAUACCCGAUAACAUCCAGGUCAUUCUCAGUGAACCAGAAGUAGAUAUCGAUGAUUGUGAAUACGAGUUGGAAAACAGAACAACAGCAGUUUUUUAUUCCAUCUCCUCGACACAAAAAGGCCUGAGUGGCGUAGAUCUUGGUAAUUUCCUCAUCAAACACGUGGUCCGUGAACUACAACACGAGUUCCCCAACAUUACCCAGUAUGCAACACUGUCGCCCAUCCCUGGGUUCCGUCAUUGGCUUCUGUUUCAUGUCAACGAAAGUAUUGAGAAUGAAGAUAUUUAUAUGAAGAAAAAAGAAGAGGUUUUGCAUUGGACCCAGUCGCAAACUUUCAUAUUCGUAACGGAGCGUGGAUGUGGAGGCUCAACUGGUCAGCGGACACCAGCCCACGUGGUCUAGAAAACUCCUUUGGUCUGAUGAUGAACUAUAAAUAUGUUCUCGAAGACGUGGAUCGUAAUAACCAACAGUAUUUAUUCAACGGUCAUAUUGCAGCUCCACAGCACUUUCUGGAUUUGUUGAGGACAUAAAUAUCGGUGAUGAUGAUUUAUCAUAAUCAUUGUCACCGUUAACGCUAACCAUCGCCGCCAUCAUCGUCAUCAUCAUUAUCACCAGCAUCAUCCUCAACGUUUCUCCAAAUCAAUGGCAUUAUGUUUGUAAAGCUACCCCUAGGGGGCGAGGUCAAAAAAAUGGUCCAAAAUAGGGACUCGAUUUUAUGAAUUAAGGUGGUGGGUACCGGUACAUACGCCCGCCCCCUCAGAGACCUGUUCAAAUGCUCGAUACUGGGGGUCUGUAGUGGCAAUUUCUAUACACAAAUAUGGUUUUUAGCAUACCUGCAGACAGACAGUCCAUUCAUUUCUGUGAUUUGGCUUUUAGUUUUUGAGAUAUUUGGGGACAAAAUCUAAGAUUUCACUUCCAGAGGUGGUGGGUACCGGGUAACACCACCCCUCCCCCCUAAAUCGGGUAACGUGAGAUGGUAAUUGCUUUGCCCUCAUCCCUAGGGACCUUCUCGAUUGAUGUUCACUAAGAACCUCAUAGCCCACUAGCCUAUCUAAUGACUAUAAUCGUAUAUAGAAUUUUCUUUUCUUUUCUUUUUUUUUUUUUUUGAAGUGUUAGGAACUUCUUGAGAAUGAGCGGUCAACGAUGAUAAACUCGCUGACUUACGGUGCGAUUACACCAACAAAGGUCACCCAGAUAAAUUUUCAUACAAAUUAGCCAAUCACGAUUGAGUAUUUAAACAAAAGAAUCUGUACAAAUUUUCAUAAUUUUCCUUUUAAAAGCAUAUAUUUUAAUUUAUACGUGUGUGUAUGGUCAGAAGUGAAUGAGGAACAGUUUUAAAUCCAGGAAUUAUCAAUAUUCAUCUAUUAUGCAGCAUUAAAAAUGUGAGUUGUGAGUUUGAUUUGGAAUUUGUUUGGGUGACCUUGGUUAGUCGCACUGUAAAAGCUGAUUUGAUUGAUAAAAAAUGAUCAAUAUGGCUGAAUUCCUGGUUUUACUCAGCAAUAUCAAUAAAAUAUAUACUUCCAUAGACAUUAGAUGAGUAUUUAGUGCGCUUAUAAAGUUUUUAUUUAGCGACAAUCGCUCGUGAAGGUCCCCUCGUACCUCGAACGAUAUGUUAAGGUAGUAGUCAUUGUGUUGUUAAAGGCUUGGAUUUUCGUUGGAAGUCGCUUGAGAUUAAAUUGAAAUUCGACAAAA